AGAUGAGUACUGCUGUACAUUAUAAGCACAAAAGUGAAAUCUGAAGAUCUCCAAGAAUCGAUACAACUAAGGCUGCAGCUUCAUCCUUUGCUCCCAGCUGUUGUGGUUUUGAUCCAUCCAUAAGAGAGGAAGCAAGAUCUCGAAACCAGUUCACAGUAAUGAACGACAGUGUCCACCCACAACCACCCAAGCUGGUCAGAGAGCCCAAGUUCAUUCGUUGCUUCAGCUGUUGUAGAAGCGCCGGGGAUUGCAUGGUUAUGGGAUCCGCCACUUCUUACCGACAACCUCCACCUGCAAGUAUCCAGCUGGAGAAACAGUUGGCAGCGAUAGAAGCCGAACUCCAAAAGCAAAGAGAAGUAAGGAAAUUGUACAAGAUGCAGCUAGAGAGGACACGAGAUUACCUAAGGAACUGCCUUCAAAUAGCGCAAGACAAUGGUUUCUUGGACAUAUUUACUGGCAAUAUCAAAGAUAAACCCCAAGAAUCCCAAUCCCUUCUCCCACCUGAUGCUAUCAACAGCCUUGUUAGCAGUCCCAGAGGACCACAGUCCACAGCGCAGCCCCAUCCACAUACCAGUCUUGCUGCCCUCAUUGCUCAAGCAAAAUUGCUCGGAUGGUACAUUGAGCCCGAUGAGCUUGAACUACAAGAAGUAGUAGCUCAGGGAACGACAGCAGAUGUAUAUAGGGGAACAUGGAGAGGACUUGAUGUUGCAGUGAAGUGUAUCUUCCCCAAUUUAUUCGAAACAAAUGAGCACAUGCUUGGCUUCUUUGUUCAAGAGGUUGAGACAUUGUCGAGGCAGCGCCACCCCUUUGUGCUUCAGCUGAUGGGGGCUUGCCUUGAACCCCCAAGCCAUGGUUGGAUAGUCACUGAAUUCUUGAGUACAACUCUCAAAAUUUGGUUACACGGUCCGGGCAGCAGAAGGAAAGAAAGAAUGGUUCCCCUUCCGCCCCUCGAAGAGAGGCUACAAAUGGCCCUAGAGAUUGCUCAAGCAAUGCAGUAUCUUCAUGAGCAGAAGCCUGCAAAGGUUAUCCAUCGUGAUUUGAAGCCUAGCAACAUUUUUCUUGAUGAUGACAUGCACGUAAGGAUUGCAGACUUUGGCCAUGCUCGGUUCUUGAAUGAUGGCGAAAAGGCACUCACUGGAGAAACAGGUACAUAUGUUUACAUGGCUCCGGAGGUAGUCCGUUGUGGACCUUAUGAUGAAAAGAGUGAUGUUUAUAGUUAUGGUGUGAUACUCAAUGAGCUGAUUACGGGUGAACAUCCAUAUAUUGAAACAGAUUAUGGCCCUUCAAGGAUAGCCAUGGAAGUGGCAAACAAUGGACUUAGACCGGCGCUUCCAAAGCAUGAUGCUGAGAAACUAAAAGAGCUUCUUGAACUUAUUCGAAAUUCUUGGGAUGAAGAUGCAGCAAUAAGACCCUCCUUUGCAACCAUAACUUACAUCCUCAGAAGUAUUAGAAAGAGAUUAGUAGAUACUCAAUAGCUAAUUUUUUUUUAUCAGACGACAGCGAUUAACCUAGUCUACUCUACUCCUACUCCUACCCUAUCCUACUUAGGAGCUACUGGUAUAGAUACUCUUUCUUGUUAUACUAUCAAGAGUUUGAACCAAAUAAAUAUAAUCAUCUACAU